AAACAUUUCACUCGCGUUUGUACUCUUCGGAAAAAGCGAUAUUCAUAUGAAUAAUGGCCAAAAUGAAGAACUUUUCGCUAGCAGACAUACCGGAGUUCUCUAAAAAAGAGCGCAUAGUAGUAGUUGGGAUAAUAGGCAAGUCCCCAUAUCGGUACCCAAAUAAAACAACACCACUUUUUUCUUCAUCGGCCACUGAAGAGAAUGGCAUUGAAUGCCAUUGGGAUGAGCGCCACAAUACACUUUUCCUCCACGCCAUCACAUACCUGGACACCAAGCAACUGACUACUCUCGCAGCCAGCCUCGAUGAGAACUCAAACUCAACGGAAAAAGACGCCGAUGCCUCCCACUGGCUGGUGGCGGCCGGAGAGCUGGCUGCGGAAGCCUGCAAGGCCAUGGCGCUGAUAUUCCAUUUGUGCCAUAUUGUGGUUCUGUCGUCACCUACUCCAGUGUUUGAUCUUGGAUAUCUGCAGUUGUUUAAAGCUAUUGAUGCUUAUAGGACCGAGCUGGCCCCUCGCACCUCUGCCGCGGUAUCCUCUCUCGGCGGCGCCUGGGAGGCGCACGGGCGCUCGUGUUGCCCGCGUCUCCUCUUCCACUUCCGUAGGGCUCCACGGGCCUUGGCAAGGAACCCUGCCGGCUUGAAGCGGCUGGAACACGCGGUGGAAGACCAGUUGUAUUUCAUACUGAGAAAAGCACGCAUUAUCACGAAUGUUUGUGCCAAAUCCCUCUUCGCCAUCCCGAAGAACGAAGAGUUCGUAUACAUGAGCGCGGACGAAGCACCAUGCGCGCGCGACGUCAGCGCGCUAGUUCGCGGUCUCGUGCGGCGCUGCGCUGGCGUCGAACCUGUCGACAACCGACCUGAGAGAGGAGGGCUGCGGCAGUUUAUCCAGGGACAUGUGGACUUGGCGUUCGGAGAGGGGUUUGAUGAUAACGUUGGCAAAUAUGCGAUGAGCACUUCUUUCUUUGAGCUGCCGGCGGCAUCAGCGUGGCGCUCCGCGGCGCAGGCGUUAGCGCCGCUGUACCUGGAGUCCCCGGCUGCCGAGGGCGGAGCCCUACACGACUCCCUCGCUACGGAUGUGCGGUUCUCGCACGCUCGAUGUGCUAAGGUUCUGCCCAUCGCGCAAGCAUCAUACGCCGAGGGUCUACCAGCGCAUUACUCCAGUCAACACCACGCGCACAAGGUGAGUGUGGCGUUAGGCGUGCUACACACCAUGGCCCGCGGUCCCGUAGCAGGGGCGGCCGAGGCGCGCCUGCGGGCCGCCUGCACGGCCGCCUGGCGCUCCCGGUCCCUGUGCGAGGCACCCUCGCUCACCGCGCACCCCUGCAUACACCCCGAGCAGUCGGUGCUACACCCCAUGGCCCGCGGUCCCGUAGCAGGGGCGGCCGAGGCGCGCCUGCGGGCCGCCUGCACGGCCGCCUGGCGCUCCCGGUCCCUGUGCGAGGCACCCUCGCUCACCGCGCACCCCUGCAUACACCCCGAGCACAGGGGCGGCCGAGGCGCGCCUGCGGGCCGCCUGCACGGCCGCCUGGCGCUCCCGGUCCCUGUGCGAGGCACCCUCGCUCACCGCGCACCCCUGCAUACACCCCGAGCAGUGAGUACAUGUGCUAGCGGUGCUACACCCCAUGGCCCGCGGUCCCGCAGCAGGGGCGGCCGAGGCGCGCCUGCGGGCCGCCUGCACGGCCGCCUGGCGCUCCCGGUCCCUGUGCGAGCGGUGCUACACCCCAUGGCCCGCGGUCCCGCAGCAGGGGCGGCCGAGGCGCGCCUGCGGGCCGCCUGCACGGCCGCCUGGCGCUCCCGGUCCCUGUGCGAGGCACCCUCGCUCACCGCGCACCCCUGCAUACACCCCGAGCAUGACAACACAAAAGAGCACUCAUCAGGCGUCCGUUACAUCAGCGCGUGCAACUGCGGCCGCAGCAAGUGCUCCCGCGACGACCCGUACACAGUGAAAGCGGCCAACUGCACGUUCUACACCACCGCCGCGGCCGAGUGCGGAGUCUGUAACACUCUCACGUCUGUGGCGUUCCCCGUGUUCACCCCCUCCACGCCCACCUACAGGGCUGCAUCAGUGAAAGCGGGUUCUCAAGAGGCGGAGCCUGAACCUCGGGCCUCCGACGGCAACUCGGGCUGUUCAGGCUGGUCGGCGGGCGACGCGCUGUCCCCUGGCUCCGGAGACGAGGACCCCGGGCCGCAGUACCUCGUGCCCGUCCGGGACAACGGUGAGGGUGUCACACGAGGGCUGCUCGGGCUGGUCGGCGGGCGACGCGCUGUCCCCUGGCUCCGGAGACGAGGACCCCGGGCCGCAGUACCUCGUGCCCGUCCGGGACAACGUACCUCGUGCCCGUCCGGGACAACGGUGAGGGUGUCACACGAGGGCUGCUCGGGCUGGUCGGCGGGCGACGCGCUGUCCCCUGGCUCCGGAGACGAGGACCCCGGGCCGCAGUACCUCGUGCCCGUCCGGGACAACGGUGAGGGUGUCACACGAGGGCUGCUCGGGCUGGUCGGCGGGCGACGCGCUGUCCCCUGGCUCCGGAGACGAGGACCCCGGGCCGCAGUACCUUGUGCCCGUCCGGGACAACGUACCUUGUGCCCGUCCGGGACAACGGUGAGGGUGUCACACGAGGGCUGCUCGGGCUGGUCGGCGGGCGACGCGCUGUCCCCUGGCUCCGGAGACGAGGACCCCGGGCCGCAGUACCUCGUGCCCGUCCGGGACAACGGUGAGGGUGUCACACGAGGGCUGCUCGGGCUGGUCGGCGGGCGACGCGCUGUCCCCUGGCUCCGGAGACGAGGACCCCGGGCCGCAGUACCUUGUGCCCGUCCGAGACAACGUACCUUGUGCCCGUCCGGGACAACGGUGAGGGUGUCACACGAGGGCUGCUCGGGCUGGUCGGCGGGCAACGCGCUGUCCCCUGGCUCCGGAGACGAGGACCCCGGGCCGCAGUACCUCGUGCCCGUCCGGGACAACGCGGUGAGGGUGUCACACGAGGGCUGCUCGGGCUGGUCGGCGGGCGACGCCCUGUCCCCUGGCUCCGGAGACGAGGACCCCGGGCCGCAGUACCUCGUGCCCGUCCGGGACAACGGUGAGGGUGUCACACGAGGGCUGCUCGGGCUGGUCGGCGGGCGACGCGCUGUCCCCUGGCUCCGGAGACGAGGAGCCCGGGCUGCUCGGGCUGGUCGGCGGGCGACGCGCUGUCCCCUGGCUCCGGGGACGAGGUGCCCGGCCCGCAGUCCCUCGUGCCCGUCCGGGACAACGGUGAGGGUGUCACACGAGGGCUGCUCGGGCUGGUCGGCGGGAGACGCGCUGUCCCCUGGCUCCGGGGACGAGGAGCCCGGCCCGCAGUACCUCGUGCCCGUCCGGGACAACGAAAAAGUAAUAACUCGCCAGCCCUCAACCACGGAGUACCUGCCCGGAAUGCUGCAUACGGCCUCCCCCCCAGGCCUGUUACCAGCCUUCUCCUCCUGGUCCCUGGUCUGCCUCGGAGCCUCCUCGUUGUACUCGCACAGCCUGGGCCUGCCCGAGCACCUGCAGCCGGGGCUGCUGCCGCACACCAACUACCUGCUGCCGUGGGACGCCAGAGUGCGGUCAGUCAACAUACAGUCCUUGUACUGCCUCCUGCCCCUGGUCUCCUCGGAGCCUCUUCGCUGUACUCGCACAGCCUGGGCCUGCCCGAGCACCUGCAGCCGGGGCUGCUGCCGCACACCAACUACCUGCUGCCGUGGGACGCCAGAGUGCGGUCAGUCAACAUACAGUCCUUGUACUGCCUCCUGCCCCUGGUCUCCUCGGAGCCUCUUCGCUGUACUCGCACAGCUUGGGCCUGCCCGAGCACCUGCAGCCGGGGCUGCUGCCGCACACCAACUACCUGCUGCCGUGGGACGCCAGAGUGCGGUCAGUCAACAUACAGUCCUUGUACUGCCUCCUGCCCCUGGUCUCCUCGGAGCCUCUUCGCUGUACUCGCACAGCCUGGGCCUGCCCGAGCACCUGCAGCCGGGGCUGCUGCCGCACACCAACUACCUGCUGCCGUGGGACGCCAGAGUGCGUAUGGAGCAAGUAAGCGCAUGGCGAGCUGCACAAGCGUCCGCACGCGGGCGCGGAAAAGGCACCGCACCGCACCACCUCACCGUCAAGAUAUUUCUGGGUUUUGAAUAUGAGUGUCCACGUGGGCACAGGUUCAUGAUGUCCUCCCCCGACACGGUGGUGAGCGGCGGCGGCGGCGCGUGCGGGCGCGACGCCGGCGCCGCGGGCGCGCGCCUGGCCGCCUCCGACAUGCCGCUGCACGCGCCCUGCCUGUGCAGGGGCUCCAGCGCCAUGCUGGCCCAGCUGAUGAGGGUGCACGUGGUCACUCCCAAGGCACCCGUUCAUGUCACUUUGGACCCUAAGGUCCAACCAGUGACGGGCGGGCCGAUCUUCGUCCCCGAACCAGCCGGCUCCGAGCCCAUCGAACUCUCGGGCUCCGCCUACUGGGUGCUCCGCCUCCCCUACAUAUACGCUGACGAGCGCGGUCCUCUGCCCCGGCCUCGGCAGGCCUCGGGGCUGCUGCUGGCGCCGCUGCUGGGCCUGAGAGAGUAGACACAGGGUUGAGGAGUUGGAAAAGAAGAAACAACCAAGCGAAGCAGACGUUGACGCCUUUUAUGGAUCUAGGCGAUACGGGCAGUCUAAGUAGAGGUUAGGCUGUUGUCAUCGUCAUGAAUACGUCAACCACGGAGGAGAAACCACUGGUGUUGGCGGUCAGUAGGAACAGAGUGGCGCUGCCCGAUUUCUCUAUAAUAACCUUUAACAAAAAAUAAUUAACCUGUUCUCUUGAUUGCCUUAAGAUCCAAGCAACCGGACAAAAAAAAAUUGAAUCGGUAUAGCAUCACGAGGGAGAGUGAUUGGAGAAUAUACAUAAAUAACUAUUAAACAUUCAAAAAACCCCCCUUCGCUAUACGCGAAAUAUUCUAAAAUGCAUCAUUUUGGAAACGAGCUGAUAUUUUUCAAACUGCUGGAUCGGUUCAUAUCUAAGUAACUCCGCAAGAAAACUCUUUCACGUAAAAAUCGCAUCGAUAUCGGUCCAUCCGUUGGAGAGCUACAGUGCCACAGGCAGACAUUGGCGUCAAACAUAACACCCCUCUUUUAAUGUCAGGGGAUAAAAAGCAGCAAAGAUCCCGAUGAAUUGAGACAUUCGUCUUUUUUGAAGUCGGUUAUACUCGUGAAUGCUCAUUCGCUACUUGCUUAACGCCGCUGGUCACUUACCUGCCUCGCUACGGCAAGUAAAAUGAAUUUGAAAUAGAGGUGUGUAUUGUCAAAGAAAACUUUGUAGUGACGUAAAUUUACUGCCAUCUUUCGACACAUACUUAUAACUUUAACUUUUAGAACGCCAUUUGACAUUGAUCCUUAUUCUUUCAUUGAUAAUGUGUUCAAUUUGUUAAAUAUCAAAAAGUGGCGCCAUCUAAUAGAGCAAAGGCCAAAAGUGUAGCAGCAUCGUUUCGAGUGAUGGCGCCAUAACCUUUAGGUAGUGCCCAGUAAGAUGGCGCCACUUUUUGAUAUUAAGGCGUAUUCGGGUAUUAUCGAAAGGAAAUAACGCUAAAAAAGUGCCGGAUGACUAAUUUUGAAAUGAUAACUCAAUAACUGAAAUUACCCGAAUACACCUUAUUUCCUUUUAAUUCUAACGCCUAUAUGCGAUCUAUGUCUGGGCCAUAAUAAUUGAUUGUAAAAAGAGUAGAAUUCAAAAAAAUAAACGACUUUAUAUAAUGUAGAUACGAGUUAUUGCACCUAGACGAAAUUAGACCUUAUUAAUAUCUUUAAAAUAGAAGUUGAGGCAAUGACUUCGUGAAAUGCUGGAACUAUUCCUACUUUAUAGAGUCAACAUCAAAUAUAGUGACGGAAAAACUCAAGUCAGUUUUCAAAACUCGCCAAAUAUAUCGUAAAUCUGAACACACCACAUAGAAAUAAGAAUUUGUUCCGAUAUAUUUGUCCACUUUGGCCGUUACUGUUAGCUGACUGUACCUAACAUUUAUCUACAUAUGCCUUAUAAAUAAAAAUGAAUAAAAUAUGUAUAAAAUUGCCUUAUGUAUAAAAUAUGAAAUAAAACAAUGUUCUGUUCA